CCCAGCCGGUCAUCUCCCCACUUCCCCAGCUAGUCAUCUCCCCACGUUCCCAGCCAGUCAUCUCCCCACGUCCCCAGCCAGUCAUCUCCCCACGCCCCCAGCCAGUCAUCUCCCCAUGUCCCCAGCCAGUCAUUUCCCCACGUCCCCAGCCAGUCAUCUCCCCACUUCCCGAGCCAGUCAUCUCUCCACGUCCCCAGCCAGUCAUCUCCCCACGCCCCCAGCCACCAGUCAUCUCCCCACGUCCCCAGCCAGUCAUCUCCCCACGUCCCCAGCCAGUCAUCUCCCCACUUCCCCAGCCAGUCAUCUUCCCACUUCCCCAGCCAGUCAUCUCCCUACGUCCCCAGCCAUUCAUUUCCCCACGCCCCCAGCCAGUCAUCUCCCCACGUCCCCAGCCAGUCAUCUCCCCACGCCUCCAGCCAGUCAUCUCCCCACGUCCCCAGCCAGUCAUCUCCCCACGUCCCAGCCAGUCAUCUCCCCACGUCCCCAGCCAAUCGUCUGGCCACGUCCCCAGCCAGUCAUCUCCACGUCCCCAGCCAGUCAUCUUCCCACGUCCCCAGCCAGUCAUCUCCCCACGUCUCCAGCCAGUCAUCUCCCUACGUUCCCAGCCAGUCAUCUCCCCACGUCCCCAGCCAGUUAUGCUCCCACCACCCCAACCAGUCAUCUUCCCACUUUCCCAGCCAGUCAUCUCUCCAUGUCCCCAGCCAGUCAUCUCCCCACUUACCCAGUCAGUCAUCUCCCCACGUCCCCAGCCUGUCAUCUCCCCACUUCUCCAGCCAGUCAUCUCCCCACGUCCCCAGCCAGUCAUCUCCCCACGUCCACAGCCAGUUAUCUCCCCAUGUCCCCAGCCAGUCAUCUCCCCACGUCCCCAGCCAGUCAUCUCCCCACUUCCCCAGCCAGUCAUCUCCCCACGUCCCCAGCCAGUCAUCUCCCCACGUCCCCAGCCAGUCAUCUCCCCACUUCCCCAGCCAGUCAUCUCCCCACAUCCCUACCCUGAACAGCACACGUAUGCAUGGAUUUGUCCACAGGAGAGCACCACAAAUAGUAGAAGUAUUAGUAGUAGUAGUAGUAGUAGUAGUAGUAAUAGUAGAAGAAGUAGUAGUAGUAGUAGUAGUAGUAGUAGUAUAUUUCCAUGCCAGCGCAAGCUGGAGGGAGUGGUUGGUGGGGAGGAGCCUUCUGCUAUGCUGUCCUGUCUCCUGUCUAUGCUGUCCCUGUAG